AUGUUUGCUACUUGGUGUUUUGCUUUCGUCGAUCGAGUUUCGAAUGGCAAGAGCAAAGGUGGAAAGAUGGAUGGGUGGAUGGUGAACGCUCAAUCUGAGCGGGCUUGGUUGCUCCGAGAUAGAGCGUCCCAGCAACAGCAGGCUCCGAAGCCAAAGAACUCGCUGCUCCAUUGCCAUGCCAGAUUGCGGUACGGUAGUUCGUUUGGGUCGCAGUACGAGUCGCCGAGUCCAUUAUCUUACGGCACAAGCAUGCAAAUUGAACGCGCCGACAUGCACCGCAUGGAAAGGAAUCGAAAGCUACAUGCAGAACCUGGCCUGUGGAAGCUCUCGUGUUUCAAGAGGAACACAAGAUACGGUUCCAAAAUCUCGUAA